AUGCAGGGAGUUAUACGCAAGUAUACGCAAGUAUACGGAAGGGUACGCAAGUAUACGGAAGGGUACGCAAGUAUACGCAAGUAUACGGAAGGGUACGCAAGUAUACGCAAGUAUACGGAAGGGUACGCAAGUAUACGGAAGGGUACGCAAGUAUACGCAAGUAUACGGAAGGGUACGCAAGUAUACGCAAGUAUACGGAAGGGUACGCAAGUAUACGGAAGGGUACGCAAGUAUACGGAAGGGUACGCAAGUAUACGGAAGGGUACGCAAGUAUACGGAAGGGUACGCAAGUAUACGGAAGGGUACGCAAGUCAACGCAAGUCUACGGAGUAUACGCAAGUAUACGCAAGUAUACGGAAGGGUACGCAAGUAUACGGAAGGGUACGCAAGUCAACGCAAGUAUACGGAAGGGUACGCAAGUAUACGCAAGUAUACGCAAGUAUACGGAAGGGUACGCAAGUAUACGCAAGUAUACGCAAGUAUACGCAAGUAUACGCAAGUAUACGCAAGUAUACGCAAGUAUACGGAAGGGUACGCAAGUAUACGGAAGGGUACGCAAGUAUACGGAAGGGUACGCAAGUAUACGCAAGUAUACGCAAGUAUACGGAAGGGUACGCAAGUCAACGCAAGUCUACGGAGUAUACGCAAGUAUACGCAAGUAUACGCAAGUAUACGGAAGGGUACGCAAGUAUACGCAAGUAUACGGAAGGGUACGCAAGUCAACGCAAGUCUACGGAGUAUACGCAAGUAUACGGAAGGGUACGCAAGUAUACGGAAGGGUACGCAAGUAUACGCAAGUAUACGGAAGGGUACGCAAGUAUACGGAAGGGUACGCAAGUCUACGGAGUAUACGCAAGUAUACGCAAGUAUACGCAAGUAUACGCAAGUAUACGGAAGGGUACGCAAGUAUACGCAAGUAUACGCAAGUAUACGGAAGGGUACGCAAGUAUACGCAAGUAUACGGAAGGGUACGCAAGUAUACGGAAGGGUACGCAAGUAUACGGAAGGGUACGCAAGUAUACGGAAGGGUACGCAAGUAUACGGAAGGGUACGCAAGUAUACGGAAGGGUACGCAAGUAUACGGAAGGGUACGCAAGUCAACGCAAGUCUACGGAGUAUACGCAAGUAUACGCAAGUAUACGGAAGGGUACGCAAGUAUACGCAAGUAUACGGAAGGGUACGCAAGUAUACGGAAGGGUACGCAAGUAUACGGAAGGGUACGCAAGUAUACGCAAGUAUACGCAAGUAUACGGAAGGGUACGCAAGUCAACGCAAGUCUACGGAGUAUACGCAAGUAUACGCAAGUAUACGGAAGGGUACGCAAGUAUACGCAAGUCUACGGAAGGGUACGCAAGUCAACGCAAGUCUACGGAGUAUACGCAAGUAUACGGAAGGGUACGCAAGUAUACGGAAGGGUACGCAAGUAUACGCAAGUAUACGGAAGGGUACGCAAGUAUACGGAAGGGUACGCAAGUAUACGGAAGGGUACGCAAGUCAACGCAAGUCUACGGAGUAUACGCAAGUAUACGCAAGUAUACGGAAGGGUACGCAAGUAUACGGAAGGGUACGCAAGUCAACGCAAGUAUACGGAAGGGUACGCAAGUAUACGGAAGGGUACGCAAGUAUACGCAAGUAUACGCAAGUAUACGGAAGGGUACGCAAGUAUACGCAAGUAUACGCAAGUAUACGGAAGGGUACGCAAGUAUACGGAAGGGUACGCAAGUAUACGGAAGGGUACGCAAGUAUACGGAAGGGUACGCAAGUCAACGCAAGUCUACGGAGUAUACGCAAGUAUACGCAAGUAUACGCAAGUAUACGCAAGUAUACGCAAGUAUACGCAAGUAUACGCAAGUAUACGCAAGUAUACGCAAGUAUACGCAAGUAUACGGAAGGGUACGCAAGUAUACGGAAGGGUACGCAAGUAUACGGAAGGGUACGCAAGUAUACGCAAGUAUACGCAAGUAUACGCAAGUAUACGCAAGUAUACGGAAGGGUACGCAAGUCAACGCAAGUCUACGGAGUAUACGCAAGUAUACGGAAGGGUACGCAAGUAUACGGAAGGGUACGCAAGUAUACGGAAGGGUACGCAAGUAUACGGAAGGGUACGCAAGUAUACGGAAGGGUACGCAAGUAUACGCAAGUAUACGCAAGUCUACGGAAGGGUACGCAAGUCAACGCAAGUCUACGGAGUAUACGCAAGUAUACGGAAGGGUACGCAAGUAUACGGAAGGGUACGCAAGUAUACGCAAGUAUACGCAAGUAUACGGAAGGGUACGCAAGUAUACGCAAGUAUACGCAAGUAUACGGAAGGGUACGCAAGUAUACGCAAGUAUACGCAAGUAUACGGAAGGGUACGCAAGUAUACGCAAGUAUACGCAAGUAUACGGAAGGGUACGCAAGUAUACGCAAGUAUACGCAAGUAUACGGAAGGGUACGCAAGUCAACGCAAGUCUACGGAGUAUACGCAAGUAUACGGAAGGGUACGCAAGUAUACGGAAGGGUACGCAAGUAUACGGAAGGGUACGCAAGUAUACGGAAGGGUACGCAAGUAUACGGAAGGGUACGCAAGUAUACGCAAGUAUACGCAAGUCUACGGAAGGGUACGCAAGUCAACGCAAGUCUACGGAGUAUACGCAAGUAUACGGAAGGGUACGCAAGUAUACGGAAGUAUACGCAAGUAUACGGAAGGGUACGCAAGUCAACGCAAGUCUACGGAGUAUACGCAAGUAUACGGAAGGGUACGCAAGUAUACGGAGGGCUAUGGAAGUAGGACGAGGGUGUCACUGA